GGUUUUCGCGGACUUGUGGAAGGAAGGAUCCUACAUGCCUCGGAACGUGGACGUAUUUGUUUUUCUUCUGUCCGGACAGCAGUGGGUUCAUCGAUCACCAGGUCGCUACAUACAGCACUAUUGUUGCAAGUAAUAGUAUCUAGAAUCGAUUUAGCCACGCUCCAACAGUGGGCCGGGCCAGUGAUACACAGGUGCUGCUGUCUCUCAGGCCGAGUCGGUCCUGUUGGAAAGGCGUAGCUGAGCACAGCGAGUCCGCAAGCAAGACAACGACUUCAGGAUCGUUGAGGUGAUCAAGAUUUGACCCUCUCUUGAAUCAGGUUCCGCUCAACAUGACAACGAAGGGCGGUGCUGGCGCUGCUACGUCCGAAGGCCUGCGCACAAAUGGCGGGACUGUCAAGCGGGUUCCUGUUCAGACUAGUACUGACCAGAGAGCUAGCUCAAUGACCUGUCGCCACACCUCGCUAAGACCAAUGGAAUGGUCCAGGUGGCACCCGAUGAUUCCAAAGCACUACGUACCACCGUGGCAACAAGACAUGGUCAACAGAGAGAGGAUUGUGCAAAAUGCUAAACAAGCUGGCUGUGCUGGCUGGGAGGGCCACAAUACGGUGUUCCAAGAGAAACGAGAACGACUGUAUCCGGAAGACGCCCCGCCGGACAGGUUUGCAGCAACCGAGCGCCGGGAGCAGCUGAGACCACCGAUCGCCAGUCCGUUCUCGCGCUACACCAGCGGCCUACUGACAUGUAAGCACUGAGCUGCACUGAGGAUGGCGGAGUGCCCAGGAGUACGUGCAGGACAUUGAUAUUGUCAGUGUCACUCUCCGGUAUGAAACCAUCAUGAUUUCACAGCACUGAAAGUGCAUGUAUCAGCAUAGCAACCAUUGCCACGUACCUUGGCCCAUCAUGAUUUGACAGCAGUAGAAGUAGCAGCAAGUAGCCGUUGCCAUAUCCCCGAGCAAAGCAGCACGUUUCACAGAAUGCUUUCAUUAUAGCAUUGCUGGUCAUAACUAUCACUGCACAUAAUUAUUAUUGUACUUUCAUAGACUCACAUGUGUCCGAGUCGUUGUACGCACAUGCGUGUAAUACAACCUAGUUGCUUGAAUAUAGCCUCUUGAAGCAGAU